CUUGCUGUGUAUGUUCCAAAUACGAUCCAAAACAAUUUCAUAAAGUCAAUUUCAGGGUUUUUCUUUCAGGCUUCGCGUGGGAAAUUUAGGUUAAAAGUGGGUAUAAUUAUUCCCACUACAAGCUCCUAAUAAUGGUUGAAAAGAAAAUCAUUUCAGAACUUCCAUCCAGCACUGUAAAGCUGAUAACUGCAACACAAAUAGCCACGUCUGUCUGUAACAUUGUGAAAGAGUUGGUUGAAAAUGCUCUGGAUGCUGACUCUACUGUUAUUAGAGUGAAACUGGAAAAUAGUGGUUUAAGUAAGAUUGAAGUAAUAGAUAAUGGAUCUGGAAUCAGCAAAGAAAAUGUUUUUAAAAUGGCUUUACCUCACUACACAUCAAAAAUCAGUCAGCAUCAAGAUUUGGAGGCUCUGGCAACUUAUGGGUUUAGAGGAGAAGCAUUAGCUGCCAUUUGUGCAGUAGCAAAAUUGUCGGUUACGACUAAAACUGCCGAAGACCCUGUAGCCACUACCCAUGUCAUGGAUAACAACGGAGAAGUGAUAAAUGAAAAACCAUCCCACUUGAGUCAAGGCACGUUGGUUGCCAUUACUUCACUUUUUUGGAAUGUCCCUGUACGGAAGCAGUACUAUCAAACUCCGAAGAGGAAAAGAGAAGAACUGAUAAAAGUUGAGGAACUUCUUCUUAGUUACGGGCUGAUUCAUCCUGAAGUUCACCUUAGCUUUCACCACGAUCAUAGCCUAAUUUGGCAAAAAAAUCGAGCUAUCGAUUUCAAAGCAAACGUCAGACAAACUCUGGGCCACGAAAUCUGCUCACACAUGGAAUUUUUCAGUGAAGAUGAUGCAGUAUACAAUGUGGAUCUUAUUAUCAAUUAUAUACCGUCUGCUAAUUGUUGGUUUUUGUUACAAAUUCAGGUGUUUUUAAUGGCGCCCAAAAGAAAUGCUCUUCUAGACAUUUGCUUUCGAAAUCGACCUGAUCGUGCUUUCGUCUUCAUCAACAAACGUCCUGUAGUUUCAAAGGAAAUUGAAAAGUUGAUGAAGGAGCUCUAUGCGUUCAAUCGGGAUGACAAUCAGAAGUCUACGCUUUAUCCUAUUUUCAUCGUUUCACUUCACUUUCCUGGUGACGAAGUCGAUGUCAACGUCGAACCUAACAAAACCAAAGUGCUGAUGAAACGACAGGGGGAUGUGCUGGAGUUGAUUAAAAACCGAGUUGAGAAUUUUUUAGGAGCAUCCACGAUGGAAAACCUACCGGAAAUUAGUUCGCCAUCAGAAAUGUAUAAAGAUAGCUCUCUGUUAGUCAAUUCGAAUAAGAUGCCAGAUGUGUCAGUAGUAGAAGAAACCAUAAUUGAAGAUCAAAACAAAAGUGAUUUUCAUACUCCCCUUCCCACCCAGUUUGAAACCUCUUCAAAUUCACAGCUUGGAAUUAACCAAUUUGAAUCUACUCGCAUUGAUUCUUCAGUCAAUGAUUUUCCGGAGGACGACUGCCUGUUUCACGGAUUUAAGGAACCAUUUCAGAUCGAAGUUGAGGAAGUAAACGUCGAGAAGAGCACAUCUUCUAAUCAGUCGGAAAUUAUAGCAAUUGGCUCUGACCAAUGGAGUAGGGGAUUGGCAAAAGAUUCUGAAGGACGUACUGUUCACGCAAUACAAGUUUUGAGGGGGCAACCGCAUUUGGACAAGCGCCUUCCAGACCCUUCUAUUGCUGGCAAUGUAGCAAAAAAACCGAAGCUAAUAGAGACUUUGGAGGCAUCAAGAAUUGUCGGCUCGCCACCCACUCUUUUGGAAACUGUGAAUGGAAGCGUGCGCAAAAUCCCACCAGAUCCGUUCGGCGAAUAUUGCAAAGAUAUGAGAAGCGAAUUGCUUUCCCAGGACCCACUGAUGAGCUUUACGGAAUUGUCACAGCAUUUGAGUCAUAGCUGGAAAAACCUUGAUAAAAGUAGUCGUGAGAAAUACGAAAGGAAAGCUGAAACAAACAAGCAACGAUACAACGCAAACAAGCUCCGGACGACCAAGGCAUCGACGAUGAGUAAUACCUCUUUGGAUCGCUUUCUGCUCGGACAAACACCAGUUGCUCGCGUUGACACAACCCCGACUAGGCAUGUAGUCGAAACUGCCCCACCUGCUAAACGGACAUCCAUUAGUGUGGACUUUUCGCUGAGCAUUUUGAAUAGAUCGCUCAAAGCGUUCCAACAGAUACCAAAAUGUCAAUGGUUCUGUAUGGGAAAGCUUGAAAAUUUUGGAUGGCUUUGCUCUAAUGGGCACAUGGUUAUGGCUGUUAACUUCACUCGACUCUACGAGAUGAUAUUGUACUCUCGGCUCGCCAGUGGACAUAUUGUACCAUCGAAGCAACUCGCCAAUCCAAUAUUAAUCGACAAGAGAAUUUUUGGAGAUCUAGAGGGCUGGAGAAAACUAUUGUGUCUGCAAAGCGAGUGGGAAAAUGCCACAACUCGGACGAUCACAGAUGUUCGCCUUGUUGCCAACGGCGUCGGGAUUCGACUGGUCGUUGAAUCUGAAGAUACCAACUUAAUUGUAUACCAAGUUCCGUCAAAUGUAAAAAGAUUUGAACUGAAUGACGUAAAAUCCCUUCUUCGUCAAGUGGUGAAAAAUGGCAGUACAGUCGAAAGCUGUCGCCCGGAGCAGACGCUCGUAAACCUAAAAUUUGAAGCUGCACGGCUUGCGGUCGAGAGAUGUACCGAACCGGACGAAGGUGAGGUACGCGAAUUGCUUGAGCAAUGGCUAUCGAUGGAGCCUGAAAAUGUCUGUUUACAUGGAGAACCCGUCAUCUGGAAUUAUCCUAUAAAUGCUCAACCUGUAUAAGAAAACAAGAAAAUCUGACGUGUUUAUCGGCAGAAUGUCAGCUUAUUGCGUUUAUUUCCCAUCCGUGAUCUUUUCGUUAUCAAAAAGGAUACUUUGUUAUUGUUGUAUACGAUCGAUAUACAUUCCCUUGGUUCUCACGAACGAUCUCAGUUUAUAUUGACGUACUAUGGAAGGGGAUAGAGAAGAAAUAGGGUAGAAUUUCAUCUUGGUAGUAUCAAUUAUUCAACACUUCA